AUGUCCUGCCAGCAGAGCCAGCAGCAGUGCCAGCCCCCUCCCAAGUGCACCCCCAAGUGCCCUCCCAAAUGUCAGACACCAAAGUGUCCUCCAAAAUGUCCUCCUAAGUGUCCCCCUAAGUGUUCUCCUGUCUCUCCCUGCUGCAGUCUGGGUUCUGGGGGCUGCUGUGGCUCCAGCUCUGGGGGCUGCUGUGGUUCAAGCUCAGGAGGCUGCUGCAGCUCUGGCGGUGGUGGCUGCUGCCUGAGCCACCACAGACCCCGCAGAUCUCUCCGUCACAGACACCAGAGCUCUGGUUGCUGUAGCAGCAGUGGUAGCAGUGGAUGCUGUGGUAGCAGCGGGGGCAGCAGUGGCUGCUGUGGCAGCAGCCGUGGCAGCAGCUGUGGCAGUAGCCAGCAGUCUGGUGGCUGUUGCUAA